CCAAGUUGGUUACUUUGUUGGUUGGAGCUCCCUUGAGUGGGUGACUGGUGCUGUUACGAAAUCCACUCCCUUAUGUAAGGGACAUGGUGUGCGGUGCCCUCUUUGUGCUCGUCCUGCAGCUGUCAGGAUUUAUUAUUGCUCCCACUGUGGGGAUGUUGGCAAUGUGUGACACAGGCUUCGGGACACGCUCCUGCCUGUGGCUGCCCUGGAGGGAAGAGACCAGGCAGAUAAGGACAUUGCUGUUUGAGCACCAUCUUCGGAAAGCUGCAAGAGAUUCAGGGUUUGUGACUUGGUAUGGAUUUGACAUCAUCACAACAUAAUUAUCUACAAAAUGAACUGGUAAGAGAAUUGGAAAGACAAGAAGGGGAAAAAGAGGAUGAACAGAUAGUUGCAGAAAUCAUGAGGAGGCGGUUUUUUCCUGCUCUUAUAACUCAUGAGAACUGGGAAGGCUUUCACUUUGCUGGCCAUGAGAUAAGAAUUACAGAAGCCACUGAUUGUUAUGGGGCAGUCGUCUGGCCAUCGGCUCUUGUUCUGUGUUAUUUUUUGGAAACUAAUUCUAAACAAUACAAUUUGGUUGACAAAAAUGUGAUUGAAAUUGGAGCUGGAACUGGGUUGGUCUCCAUAGUAGCCAGCUUACUGGGUGCCCUUGUGACUGCCACAGAUUUGCCAGAAUUACUGGGAAACCUUCAGCACAACGUUCUCCGUAAUACAAAGCUGAAAAGCAAGCACCAGCCUUGUGUUAAGGAAUUGUCUUGGGGAAUUGAUCUGGAAAAGAACUUUCCUAGGUCUUCCUGUCAUUUUGACUACAUUAUGGCUGCUGAUGUAGUUUACCACCAUCCGUUCCUGGAUGAACUCCUCCUAACUUUUGAUCACUUGUGCAAGAAUGAUACUGUUAUUCUGUGGGCUAUGAAAUUUAGGUUAGAGAAAGAGAACAAAUUUGUGGACAGAUUUCAGACCCUGUUUGACUUAGAGAUGAUUUCUAAUUUCCCCAGUUUGAACAUAACCUUGUAUAAAGCAAUGAGGAAAGACAGCAUGAAAGCCAACCUUCCAAACUGAUGGCCUGAAAGUGAGAUAUAGGAAGGUGACAGUUUCAGCUGUUCUGUAGCUUGUUCUCUUUUUAAUAAUUUCCAUGUUAGUAGCUGCUAACGUCUACGUGAAUCACAGUUUUAGAGGUAGCUAAAACAAAGCAUCUGAUUCCUAGUGCCUCCCUAAUAAAUUGCUAAAUUCAAUUUGCUGAUAGUUUUAUACACAGAAGAGAUGUACUUUUGACAUUCUCUUGACUUUUACGUGCUAAGAUGACAACUUUAAUAAGUUUCACUGGUCUUACCACUAUUGUUAUGGGUCAUGUAAUGAAUAUUUCCAAAAGCUUUCAGCUACAGCUUUGAGUGGUGUCUUAUAUGAUCAACCAAUCAUUUAAAACUCAAGACUGUCAUGAAUCUUUGCAUUUAAAAGUUGAGGUGUUAAAUAUGAUCUUUUCCCAUUCUCACUAUCAUGUUAAUCCUUCCUUAGAACACCCUUAAUAGGAUGUUGAAUUAGCUGAAAAAAAACCUUACUACCUAUAUUGUCAUAAUACAGGGAUAGAAUAUAUUAGUUACCCUUUGAUUUAAUAAUUAUGCUUUCAUUUUUUAUUUAGAUUUGGAGAUUCUUCAUCAGCUGCACACAUGAGGCAAGAGGGAGUUAAAUGUUUUGUUGCUUGAACAAGUGCUCAAUAUGUAAGUUGUAUAAGAAGAGUACAGCAUAUCACCAGCUGCCCUUUGCAAAGACCUUAGAUUCUUGGAUGUCUGCUCCUCCAAAAAUAGACAGUUAUCUGGACAUCAGGGAACAACAAUGGAAAAAUGAUGGUGACCAUGAAGAGAGGAGCUUUGCACUGCCGGCUGCUGGUGGCUGGAGGUAGAAAACUAAACCAACCUGUCAUAGUGUGCCUGAGGCAUGGACAGGCUUAGAUAUUUGUUUGGUUUUGUGAUACGGACAAACAAAAUACUUUCCUCCUAGUCCUCAGGAUUGUGUGCUUCUGUUUACAGUGGCCUAUCCAAUAGUUUUCUUAUGGGGAGAUUAAUAAAAUUAUUCUUUCCACAUACCGUAUUUUCUGAUUCUGCUUGAUUUUGAAACCUUCAAGUCCCUUGCAGGCUAGAGAAGAGAGCUUUAUCACCUCUGCUGUAGCAGGCAAUUGCCCUAGCUAUAUGAAGGCUCUGGGGACUGCCAGUCUUUAACUUUUUAGCCACUAUCUGUACUUCCUCAAAGUGUAUUUUAUCUAUUGUAGAUUUGAGCAUUUUUUUAUUGUUGACUUCCAGAGCAUACUAGUGUUUAUACCUCUGAUUGGGGCAGAUGCAUGCUACUUAUGUACUCUGCUGCCUGGCACAAGUACAAGGCAGAAUUAUGGUAAAUAGCUGGUACAACUGGGAUGUACUUUUUCUUCCAGCUGAACAUUGGGUUUUCUUGGGACUAAGGUGCUUGGUGUUAGAGAUGAAGUGUUGCAGAGAGGAGAGGCUGAGCUGCCAAGCUUUUCCAGUGGGAGCUGGGUAUCCUAUGUGUGAAAGGAGGUAUUGAAGAAAAUUUUGGGGAAGAGCAGAUGAGGAUGUGGCAGGAGGGAUCUGUUUUUGGAGGGAGGGUUGCAGAGAAAAGGUAGCUGUAGGGAGAAGGUCAGAUGGAGAAAAAGAAAGAGAAUAGUGAGACUGACUUCAAAAAGUUUUAAGAACCAUAGCACCGCCUUUCUUGCUACUGACUGUAGUGGGGGCAUCCUUGGCGAGACAUGGAUAAAACUAAAGCAAUCAGUAGUAUGUCUUAGCCCAGGACAACAAAUGAGAAGAAAGGGAGUCAAGUCUACUUUCUAGCUUUCCUGAUGAGAGAUUGCAUGUGAGAUUUUGGUUUGGAGGUUAUUGGAGAAAAAGCUUCUAAUCCUCAUCAGUUAGUUUCCUGUGACAAGGUUUGUAGAUACAGGUAGCAUCUUUUAUUGGAUCAAUCAGUAUAGCUAGAAAAUUAGAUUCUAUGCCAUCUGGCAGGAAGUAUUACCCCUCCUUACAGAUGUUAUUAUGCACAUGGCCUUAGAUCAUUACAGCUGUAGAAAAACAUGACUGCAAAAUGGAAAUAUUUUUCCAGACUGUUUAAUAGAAAUAGUUCAGUGUAGGUGAAUAAAGAAACAAACACGGAUCUCUACCAUUGCUUGAUUUCCUUUCCCUGCUUCCUUAUAACUUGUUUGCAACCAUCAAAUCUACUGCAAUUGACACUGUAAUCCAUGUAUCCAAAAGGGCAUCUCUGUCUACAAAUACUUUACGGAUAAAUGGAUUGGGACUAUAAGUACUCAAUAACAGUGAAAUUAUCUGGUGAAUUCCAAAGUUAUGAAGGCUAAAGAGGAACGCUACAGUAAAGUGGUUAAGUGUGAUCACUUUUAAACAGCUAACUAGCCCUCCUGUUUGGGCCGCAGACUGACCCCUGCUGAGCUCCUGCUGAAGUCAACAAGAGAUGUGUUUGUCGAAUGGAUUUGAGAUUGGCCACUUUAGGUUCAACAGCUUGUUAAUAUUUACUGGAACGUAACAUCAGUUCUCUUUCUCACAAGUUUGCCUAGCACUGCUGUGUGAAGCUUCCUGGGAAAUCUCUGGUGACUGGCUGCUCUAUUGUACAGCCAACUUUUGUCCUCUGGUGUGAUGGGCAGGUUAUUAGCCAUGACCAGUGGAGGGUGAGGUUGUAUAUCACAUUUGCCUAUGGAGUUUAAUUCUGCUCUUUGAGAACAAGUCUCACAUGAAUGUCAAGUAUUACUGACCCCUAAAUUCAGUAAUAAUUUUACUAGCCACCUAUUCUUAGUUUUAACAUUUCAGAUAAAGGAUCAAAUUGUUAUUCAGUGCAUUAUGUUGCUCAUACACUGGCAUUUGUAUCUGUAGUUUGUGAAAGGCAGAAGGAAAAGAAGGUCAAUUAAAUUUGUGGGUGAAAGAGCUUCACCUUUGAGGAAUGCCAGAGAAUCUGCCUAUGCUGGUAGGUUUUUGCAGUCUCUCAUAGAGUGUUAUGGUAAUCAUACUAAUUGAAAAGAUAAAUUGGGAUGUAUGGUAUAAGUUAAAUCCAUUCCUCUGAUUUUCUGUAUUCCAAUAUAAGAAUAACUUACUGAGCAACACUAUAAUUAAGUAACUUGAUGGUAUUUGCUAAAUUUUCCCCAAACAAUGUUUUUCAAGUGCUAACCCUAACUCUAAUGUUUUCAGGAAGGGUUCUUUCUGCAUAAAGUAUAUAUAAAAUCAUUACAGUGAUUUACUUUGCUGCUUAUCAUACAAUAAUUUCAUCAAGGUAUUCUACAAUUCAUUGUUGUUUCUUUCUUAGAAUUAAAGUAACAAACACUUUCAACAUU